CAAAAUUUAAAGAACUGUCAAAAUCAAAGGUGAUAAUUAAGAUUUAUAAAUAACAUAUUUUUUAUUAUUUAUCGUUUAUUAUAAAAUAUUUAUUGACAAUGGCCACUAUAGAAGUUCACCAUUUAUCUCAAAAACCGACAGAAGCAUGGAAAGAGAUAUCAAAGACUCAAAGAGUAAUAAAAAUCGCAGUGAAACCCCCAAAAACAGAAGUGGCCCCAAAUAAAGUGAGAGUUGUUUGUAUGAGUGAUACGCACUCUUUGACGCCUUAUAUAAAAUUUGACGUACCCCCGGGCGAUAUAUUUAUUCAUGCCGGAGACUUUACUAGAUGUGGAAAACUUGAAGAAGUGAUAGAAUUUAAUAAUUGGAUAGGUGAGUUACCACAUAAGCACAAAAUAGUGAUAGCGGGCAACCACGAGUUGAGUUUUGACUCAAACUUCACGCAUCCUUUACAAAAUGUAUCAGAACGUUGUCAACACACAGGCACAAGUAUCUUAGAUGAAAUACCUACACUUGGAAUGUCAAAAGAUGAAAUAUCAAGUGCAAUAACUACAGAAAAUAUAAAACAGCAUUUAUCAAAUUGAUAUUUAGAAGACAAAUUAAUAGAAGUAUGUGGAUUGAAAAUAUAUGGAAGCCCAUGGCAGCCUGAAUUUUGCAAAUGGGCAUUCAAUCUGCCGAGAGGCAAGGAAUGUUUGAAGAAGUGGAAUUUGAUUCCAGAAAAUAUAGAUAUAUUAAUAACACACACCCCACCUAUUGGCUUUGGUGAUUUGUGUUGUUCAGGAGUCCGUGCAGGAUGUGUAGAACUUCUAACAACAAUCCAAAAAAGAGUUAAGCCAAAAUAUCAUGUAUUUGGUCACAUUCACGAAGGAUAUGGUGUAUCUUCUGAUGGAAAAAUAAUAUUUGUUAACGCUUCAACUUGUGAUUUAAACUACAUGCCUGCAAAUCCACCAAUAGUUUUUGACGUAUCAUUACCACCAAAUGGAAUAAAGUAAACACAAUCACAAUACUAAUAAAUAAAAGCAAUAUAAA